UUGUCAUGUCAUUAACCAGUCACGCCUAGGUCCAUCUUAUAGCCAGGCAUGGGCUUCUAGAACGCCAACUGAAGCCUUCGCCUGAACCUCAAACUAGGGUUACCCCUAAGCAUGAGCCGAACGUAGACCCUCAGGUGAAGAUGGCUAUGCUCCGAGUUACUUCAAUGAGUAAACUUCACCUCGAGAGUUUUUUCGCGCCCUUGUCACCUGAUUAUUGCCUAGAGUGUUUCCAUGUCCUCCUCGAGGAAGUAGCUGAGCCAUAUGCCAGUAUUGGAAUCUCGAACCGCGAAAUACUUGACCAUGAUCUCUACGGUACAUCGGACGAUAGUGAGACACGUUCCUUGACUGAAUCCGAAAAUGACGAGUGGGAUCGGUCGUGGCGAUUAAGGUCAGAGCUUAGCAACGAACAGCUCGCGAGCUGGUCUUAUAGACUUUCAGAUGUCCCUGGUAAUCAUGUUGAGAAGUCGGCAAGACUCUAUACAGAUUGGCUCUGCGUCGACACCAAGGAGCAAUAUGAAAGAAUGUCUUCAUUAAUCAAGGAACGCAAUCUUUCUGCCGUGUUCAUACGCACUUGGAAAAUCGACGAAGCGAAGCGCGUAGCUCAGGCGAAUGAAGCCAAACGCAAGCCUUCACAUCAAGAUAACCCCCUACCAAGCAAACACUCGGCUCAGGGCAGUGGCACACGGGGAGAUUCUUCAGUAUCGACAGACCAAUCAUUGGCUCUGGAUGAAGAAAAGGGGCUCCAGGAUUUUGGUAAUAUGGAAGUAGAUAUCUUUUCUGAAUCUAAAGUACGAAACCAGUAGGCUCUAUUUGGCGAAUAACACCUGAGCUAGGACAAUGUAUCACGGAAACCACACGAAUAAUUUUUUGUUUGUGGUAAUACACGGCGAUGUGUGAAUGGAGUCAAGAAAUACGG